AUGCAGACUGCUUCUACAAACAUUUGUGAAGGAAUGGGUCGCUCUCAGGAGCUCAGUGAAUUCAAGCGUGGUACCGUGAUAGGUUGCCACCUGUGCAAUAAGUCCAUCCAUAAAAUUUCCUUGCUACUAAAAUAUUCCACAGUCAACUGUUAGUGGUAUUAUAACAAAGUGGAAGCAACUAGAAACAACAGAAACUCAACCACGAAGUGGUAGGCCCUGUAAAAUGACAAAGUGGGGUCAGCACAUGUUGAAGGGCACAAUGCGCAGAAGCUGCCAACUGUCUGCAGAAUCACUUAGUUCCAGUGAAGGGAACUCUUAAGGCAUCAGCAUACCAAGACAUUUUGGACAAUUUCAUG